GUUCUGUUCCUGAGUUAAUUCUGUUUGAUAUUAAAACAUUGAACCAAAUCGAAUCGAAUAUUUAUGUACAAUUAGAAUGGAUGACUUUUCCUCUAAAAACUGAACCAAACCGCAUCGCUAACAACCUCUAUUGAGUAACUCUGAAUGGGCGGCAGGCGGCUGAGACAUGGUGGAUUGGUGGCAAAGAAACCGUGCAUCAAAAAAACUGGGAGACAUUCUCAUUGUGGCCUCCAUCACCAAAGCUCUCUCCGAAUCAGGAGGAACACGCAACCUCUCUCCCUCUCUCAAACUCGCACAUUCCAUCAUCCUCAACGUCCUUUCCAACCCCUCCCUCCACCCUUCCAACAAGCUUCAUUUCUUCUUCUGGUCUCGUUCCCAUUCUUCCUCCCCUCUGCCCUCCGUCACUGCCUACUCCACCCUCUUCUGCACUCUCUCCCACCCCGCCCAUCUCCACCAUGUCCCAGCCCUCCUCCACUCCCUCAAACAAGGCUCCCUCCUUCUCGAUUCCCACUCCUUCAAGCUUCUCCUCGAUGCUUCCAUCCUCUCUUCUAACUUCGAUUUGGCUCUACAACUCUUGGAUUACAUGCAAGAUCUUGGCAGCAACUUGCAACCUCACAUCUAUAGCUCUGUCCUCGUUGCUCUCGUUAGGAAGAACCAAGUCCCACUGGCUUUGUCCAUCUUUUUCAAGCUUCUUGAUUCUACUGCGGAUGGUUUUGAUUCCAACACAGCCAAUGAGUUGUUGGUUUCUCUUAGGAAAGCAAGCAUGAAGGUGGAGUUCAAACAAGUUUUUGAUAGGCUUAGAGAGAAGAAAGGUUUUUAUUUUGAUACUUGGGGCUACAACAUUUGCAUCUAUGCAUUUGGUUGUUGGGGUGAUCUUGGUGCUUCUUUGACCCUCUUCAAGGAGAUGAAGCUGAAGGAUAAAGAGGAGUUGCUGGAUUAUGGUUCCCGCGGCCACACUUGUUCUUCUGUUGGACCUGAUUUGUGCACUUAUAACAGUCUCAUUAGUGUGCUUUGUAAGGUUGGCAGAGUCAAUGAUGCACUUAAAGUGUUUCAAGAGCUUAAAGAAGGAUCUGGCCAUGAACCUGAUAAGUUCACUUAUAGGAUCCUUGUGCAAGGUUGUUCCAAGACUUACAGAGUACAUGAUGCCACCGUGAUUUUCAAUGAGAUGCAGAAUAACGGAUUUCGCCCCGAUCCUGUUAUUUAUAAUUCUAUGCUUGAUGGAUUCUUGGCCAGGAAGGUUAAAGAAGCCUGCCAACUGUUUGAGAAAAUGGUUGAAGAAGGCACGAAGACAUCUUGCUGGACAUAUAACAUUCUGGUUGAUGGCUUGCUUAAAAAUGGGAGACCUGAAGCCGCGUAUACUCUCUUCUGCGACCUCAAGAAGAAAGGCCAGUUCGUCGAUGGGGUUACUUACAGCAUCAUUGUGCUGCAAUUUUGUCGAGAGGGUCAACUUGAGGAGGCACUACAAUUGGUGGAAGAGAUGGAAAGCAGAGGUUUUGUUGUUGAUCUCACUACGAUAACAUCGCUCUUGAUUAGCAUUCAUAGACAUGGUCGCUGGGAUUGGAUGGACAGGCUUAUGAGGCAUGUGAGGGAGAGUGAUCUGGUGCUUAGUGUUCUCAAGUGGAAAGCUGGAAUGGAGGCUUCUUUGAAGAACGCAAAGAGCAAGAGAAAGGAUUAUUCGCCAAUGUUCCCUUCCAAAGGAGACUUUAGUGACGUCAUGAGCUUCAUAACUAAUGCUCAGGACGUCACCCUUGAUUCACAGCACGGUUCAGAUUUUCAAGACAAGGAGAGUUCCGAUAACAAAUUUGAUGAGUGGUCAUCAUCCCCACACUUGGAUAAAUUGGCCGAGUCCUCGCUUAGCACUUCCCAUCUAUUUACUCCUUCUCGUGCUCAAAGAGUUCAAGAAAAGGGGCUAGAUUCUUUUGAUAUUGAUAUGGUGAAUACUUUCUUGUCUAUAUUCCUGGCCAAGGGAAAGUUGAGCUUGGCUUGCAAGUUAUUUGAAAUUUUCACUGAUGCAGGUGUGGAUCCUGUGAGUUACACUUUUAAUUCUAUGAUGAGCUCCGUUGUCAAAAGGGGUUAUUUCACUGAAGCUUUGGCUAUCCUGAACCAAAUGGGAGAAAAUCUUUGCCCAACUGAUAUAGCAACAUACAAUAUGAUAAUUCAAAGUUUAGGAAAGAUGGGAAGAGCAGAUCUGGCCAGUGCUGUUCUUGAUAGGCUGCUGAAGCAAGGUGGCUAUCUCGAUGUAGAUAUGUAUAACACAGUUAUCAAUGUUCUGGGAAAGGCAGGCCGAAUUGAUGGGGCGAACAACUUCUUCGAGCAAAUGAAGAGCAGUGGGAUAAAUCCCGAUGUUGUCACAUAUAAUACAUUAAUUGAAAUUCACAGCAAGGCAGGACGGUUGAAGGAUGCGUAUAAGUUCUUGAAAAUGAUGUUGGAUGCUGGGUGUCCUCCUAACCAUGUAACGGACACGACAUUGGAUUAUCUGGGAAAGGAAAUCGAUAAACUGAGAUACCAGAAGGCAUCAAUUUUGAGUUCAAGAGAUGAUGCUUCUUGAAUGUAGUUCUUGUUUUGGUGUUUUCACCCCUUCUUUGAUCACAGGCAGUGUGCUUUGUUGUUAUGAAAUCACAGCAAUAUUAAUUGAAGCUUAAAGACAAGAAUUCAGGUCUCAGAACGACUCAGAUUUGAUUCUAGUACGUGAGGCCACUAUUUAGUCAUGUGGUGGAGUUAAGAUGAAAUUCAUGUACUGUUGUUCACCAUCAAAAAUUGGUUAUCCAUACUUGUCUAUUUCAAGCAUAAUACAAUAUUGGGGUGAGACUAGUAUCCAAUUCAAUAUGCAGGCCCGGAUCCGUAAUAUCUUUCCCAGUGGCCAAUGUGAAAGAUGCCUAAAAAGUGUUUGAUAAUCUCCAUCUGCCAAAUCCAUGAUGCAGUGAGGAUCUGUGCGAGCAAGGAGGCACAGGUUUCUUUUUCCCUCUGCAAGUGAUUAGAUUUAAACUCAAUACUAUGUUUAGAGUACUCAUUAUCGUGUGUCGUACAAAUUAUAAGCAAACUUCUUAAUUACCAUUAUCUGGAUCCUUGUAAUUAUUAUAUCAUUCUUUGGUUUUUGUAACUGAAUAUGCGAAACUGCCAUUGAUAUAGUUACUGCUGUCUUUAGGAUAUAAAUAUAUAUAAUAUAAUGCAAGUGACCAUAUAAUUUGGAGAAGGAACUUUCCUUAGCUGCGUAUGUUAUGUUUGCCUUUUGAAAAUUUUAUCAAUACAUAUUGGCUUAUCCAUUGAAGCCCUUCAAUCUCCAUGCAAAUUUGUUAGCAAGUUUUGAUCCGAGACUUGUAUUAAUAUAAUGAAGAAUGUUAGAGGGUCAGCAGAAUUUAUUAUUUUUGACCCGCAGUUAACUAACAAUUAAAAAUGUAGGCUAAAAGUAAGUUGUUGGAUUGCUAGACUAAAAAGAUUGGCCUGAAGGCUAAAAAUGUUGAUAAAAAAUAAUAAAUUCUGUUGGUCCUUGAGUUUUUCUCUAAUAUAAUCACAACAUUAUUAGUUACACAGUUGAAUUAUGUUGCUGGUUUUGGUUUUAGGUAAAUAAACCAAUUUUCAAAUCGUUGUUACACAAUUGAAUCUCUCAGCCAUGCUUUUUAUUAUUUUUGUUGUAUUCAUAUCCUUGCUUGAGGUAAAAUAGGUUAGAUUCAGUAGUUUGUAGGUGUCUUCAACCAAUCUUAUGGAGUCUACAUGGCAUAAAUAGUCAGUUUGUGUGGGAUUGAACUUGAAGCUUAGCCAUAUCUAUCUAUCAAGUAUCAUGAUCAUUUUAUUUAGUUCUUGGUUAUCACUUUUCGGCCAAGAUUUCUUAUGACCUUUUUUGCAGCACUUUUAAUCUAUUGUUUAUGAAUUGUUGAAAAUUGCUGGGAAUUUGAUAUUUAACUAAGAUGAUGUGAACAAUUUUAUGAAUUGUUAAAAAAUUGCUGCAGAAACUUGGUGACCAAAGAAUUUGUUGUAGUGAUAAGAUGAUUCCCAAAUAAUUUGUGGCCUUUGGUUGCUCUAAGACAAGUGCAUAUUUAGCUACCUUCUGAAGCAUUGUGUAUGAGACUAAAAGAUAUGGAAAUGAAGGAUGGGCAUGAGCUCAUAAUCAGAGAGGGUAAUUCCUAUUUUUAUGGAAUUCAGAACCAGAGAUUGUUGUGUUUGAACCACU